AAAAAAUCUGUUCUAAUCCGAGAGUCUUUACUCAAGAAAUUCUUUCUGUUACUGGUACCUUUUCUCUACCUCCCUCCCAUUCCAUGUCCUCAAAACACCAGUUCUACCACUUGGAGUCUGAUUAUUAUAGCCAUGAAGAAUCCCGCACACACUCAGGACGCAAUCACAAGACAUACCAGGAAUUCAGCUUUGAUAACUACAGCCAGCUACCAUCCCCUGAGGAUUCACAGGAUAGGGGCAGAGAUAGAAAGGAGAUUUUUUAUCUGCCCUUGGCUGGAAAAGAGCCUCACCGAGGAGGACAAGGAAUCCAGGACGAAAAUACUUGGAAGAAAGAUCGCAGAAACCAAAGGCAGAUCAAAGAAUAUCCACAACAGGAACUGUACUGUCAGAGAAGUAUAUCAUCGUGGGAUCAGAAGCGGUCUGCUGGGCAGAGCUUCAGUUAUUUAGGGGGCAGGAUGUACCCUCCCCCUUCAGAUGGGGGUCUUGGGAGGUUCAUUCCCAGUGGUGGAAGUGGAGGUUCUCUGUGGUCAGCAAGAGCCCCUGUCUGUCGCCCACGGUUCUGGAAGCUCUUCCUGCUCGUGAUUCUUUUGCUGAUGAUGGCACAAUUUUCCCUCAACAUUCUCUUCUACAGGAACUAUGACUCUUUAUUUUAUGUUAAUGUUACUUCAGCAGAGACACUUGCCACUUUUGAGUCAAAGGUUCGAUGGGUGAGCUCUAAGUUGCCAUGGCUGCAUUCCACUACAGGGAAGCCCCCAGUGGUGGCUCCACUGCACCACCCGGGGGUAAUGCCAUCAAGCAGUACCCUUGUGGUAGGGGACAAAAGCAUUAGUGGAAAGUUAGAGGAGAAGGUGCAUCUCUUGAAAGACAAUGAGAAUGAAUCUCAGGUGAACAAAAAUGAAAAGGAAAUG